AUGCCACCACCACACCUGCACCCCAAGUCGCGCAUGACUUCAUCACUGUUCAUGACCACCAUCAUAGUGAGCUUCUUCGUGGUCGGACUACCCCAUGUUCUACCCUGCCCGGCUCCCCGGGUGACCUUCGCCGACGGCGAGAUGAUCGAUGAGAACGGCAGGAGGAGACGGAGGAGGAAACCUCAAAACGCCGAGGUCGACAAGGACGGCAUGGUCCAAUUCGAGUCAAUGAGUACCGAUGCCCCCUCUCCGCAACGGGGUACGGCCAGGGAGUGCCCCGUACCGAAGCCCCGAGGCGUGCUUGGAGAGCUGCUGGGUUUCGGAAAGGAUGAGCACACCCAGACGGACGUUCGCCGGUAG